CUCUUCCUCUUGAUCUUCCAUUUCCUCCUGCUCCUCGUCCUCCUCCCGCUCCCCGCGGAGGCCGUGACGACCGAUGACAUCCCCCGACUUUCGGCCGCUCUGAUUGGCUGCAGUGCAGAAUCCAUGUGCACAAAGUUAUUUUAUCACGUGACGGUUUUCUUUUCUCGCCGACUUGGACUGUGUCGCUGGAGCAACACACACACACACACACAGAACAGUGUGUGGGUGGAGUCAAGAGUCGGGUGGACUUGUCUCUUGCGUGAGUACGCGCGCACGCCCGCCCGCACGCACAGUGAGAGUCAGUCGCGGGGACAUGAAGGCAUGAAGAGGAUAUGAGCGCAUGAAGAGGCCAACGCGUGAAGACAUGAAGACAUGGACUUGCUAGUGUGCGCGGUGUUCAUUGCAUUUGUGCGCGUCUCUGCCGUCAGCAGCCGCAGCGCAGAUUCGCUCCAUGAAGUUUUGUCCAAGUUCAGCGUGGUUCGUCCCAUCCGAACCGACUCGCGUGGCCGUUUCCUGUCGGCGGCGGUCUCCCCCCACUCGCCGCACCGUGGCAAACGGCACGCCCCCUGGAGCGAGACGUCGUGGACGUCCGAGUCGGAGGUCUUCUACAACGUGACGGUGUUUGGACGGGAGCUGCACCUGCGGCUGCGUCCAAACCGCCGCCUGGUGGCCCCUCGCGCCACCGUGGACUGGUGGGAGGAGUCGGGACUUCGGCGCUCGGAGCCAAUCGGAGACGCCGGUUGCUUCUAUGCGGGGGGCGUGUCCGACAUGGAGGACGCGGCCGUCGCCCUGAGCAACUGCGACGGACUGGCUGGGAUGAUCCGAACGGCUGAGGAGGACUUUUUCAUUGAGCCCCUGCGUCGCUCGGGGCUGGGAGGCCAAGGUGAAGAUGAAGAUGACGAAGGUGGACGACCACACAUUGUUUACCCAUCGUCCGCCAUCAUCAAGUCCAGACAACGGGCGGUCAACAAAACCGCUGACUUUCUGCGAGAGCCUCUCUCGGGUUCCUCGGAUCCGCUGACGUCCGAGUCCGCCUCGGGCCGGCGGCGGCGCUACAUUGAAGAGGCGGAUAUGUUCAACAUCGAGGUCCUGCUCGCCGUGGAUUAUUCCGUACUUCUUUUCUACGGACAAGAACACGUCCAGAAAUAUCUGCUCACCUUUAUGAACAUCGUUAACGAGAUCUAUCAGGAUCAGUCCCUGGGCGCCAACAUCAACGUUGUUCUGGUGCGAAUCAUCAUGCUGUCUCCGUCCAAGUCCCAGGAGCUGAUCUCAGUGGGCAAUGCCCAGAAAAGCUUGGAGAAUGUCUGCGGCUGGUCUUACAUCCAGCAGAGGGAGCAAAGCCCCAACCAGCAGCAUGACCACCUGGUCUACUUGAGCAGACGCGAGUUUGGACCCUCCGGCAUGCUGGGCUACGCUCCUGUCACAGGAAUGUGUAAGAUGCACCAGAGCUGCGUUCUGGUCUUCGAGGACGGCUUCUCGUCAGCCUUCGUGGCAGCGCACGAAAUCGGACACGUGUUGGGAAUGGAGCACGACGGAGAGGUCAACGAGUGCGACGAUGACGUGUCCCUGGGCAGCAUCAUGUCGCCGCAAGUGGAGGCCACGUUCUACCGCUACCACUGGUCCAGGUGCAGCUGGAGCGAGCUGCACAAGUACCUGCCCACAUACGACUGUCUCCGAGAUGACCCGUUCAGCCCCGACUGGCCAAUUCCGCCCCUUUUGCCAGGCUUUGAGUACUCCAUGGAGCAGCAGUGCAGCUUUGACUUCGGUCCAGGAUACGGAACUUGUAACGCCUAUCCCAACUCGCAGCCUUGCCAGCAGCUGUGGUGCAGCGACAACAACCAUCCUUUGUUCUGCAGAUCCAAGAAAGGUCCGCCUCUGGACGGGACGCCGUGCGGACCCGGCAUGCACUGCUUCAAAGGAUUCUGCAUCACGCUGACAGCCAACCUCCUGAGACAGGAUGGCGGCUGGAGCUCGUGGAGCGCCUACACCGACUGCUCCAGGACCUGCGGGGGCGGCGUCCGGAUCCGCUCCAGGAACUGCGACAGCCCACCGCCGGCCAACGGGGGGCGCACCUGCUUUGGAAACAGUUUCGAGUUCCAACUGUGCAACCAACAACACCGGUGUCCCCCCAUGACUGACUUCAGGGCGGAGCAGUGUAGCGUCUGGGAUGACGUUUUGGAGCACGAGGGAAAAAAACAUCGCUGGCUGCCUGUCGAACACGCCGACCCGGACGAGCGAUGCAAUCUGUUCUGUCGCUCCAACGAGACGGGGGCCCUGGUUUUCAUGAAGAGAGCGGUGCACGACGGGACGCUGUGCUCUUACGACGACGCCUACAGCGUGUGCGUGCGAGGAGAGUGUGAGCACGUGGGCUGCGACGGCGAGAUCGCGUCGGACCGCCAGGAAGACCGAUGCGGGGUGUGCGGCGGCGAUCACUCCCGCUGUCGCGUGGUCAAAGGAAACUUCACUCGCAGUGCCAACAAAACAGGUUACCUGAAGAUCCUGGAGAUUCCUCGAGGGGCGCGACGCCUCCUGGUGCAGGAGUUCAGGAGGACCCCACACGUCCUCGCGGUAAUGAACCAGGAGAGCGGUCGCCUCUUCCUGAACGACGAGGACGCGACGCCGACGUCCCGCGCCCUGGUGGAGAUGGGCGUGGCCUGGCAGUACACCCACAACGAGGUGCAGGAGGUGUUGCAGGCCGAGGGGCCGCUCAAGUACGCCGUGGUCCUCAUGCUCCGCUCCCACGGCGACGCCAAGGUGACGGUAUCCUACAAGUACGUGAUCCAGGACCACCUGCGCUCUUCGCUGGAGUCCAACCUGGUGCAGGAGGAUGCCAUCUUUUAUGAGUGGGCGCUCAAGCAGUGGUCCGCGUGCUCCAAGUCGUGCGGCGGAGGGAAACAGUACACCCGCUUUGGAUGCCGACGGAAGGCUGACGGGGUGAUGGUUCAGAGAACAUUCUGCUCCAACAUCAGCAAACCGAGAGCCAUCACGCGCAGCUGCAACCUUGACGUCUGCAGCCCGCCACGUUGGAUGACCGGCGGCUGGGAGGCCUGCAGCGCCUCCUGUGGACAAAGCGGGUGGCAGCGUCGCUGGGUGGGCUGCCAGCUGGUCUCCGUUGGCGGGCGGCGGCUCUCCGUCAACAGCGAAUUGUGCCAGGACCGCCGUCCGGACGCCAAGCGGCCCUGCAACCGCUUCCUGUGCCCGGCGGUGUGGCGGGCCGGGCCCUGGACGCCGUGUUCCGUCACCUGUGGCAACGGCACGCAGGAAAGGCAGGUGGCCUGCGUCCGCCCCGAAGGCUCUUCGGGGAACUGCAGCUUGGUCCCGCCCGUCUCCAGCCGCGCGUGCCGAGCGCCACCGUGUGGCGGCGACCCGAAGAACUUCAUGGUCCGCUGGCUGUCCAGAUCCAACACGGACGUCCCGCUGGCGAAGACCGCCCCAAGGCAGCGUUGCCGCGGCGACCGCUCAGCGUUUUGCCGCAUGGAAUCUCUCAGUGGCAACUGCGCCAACGCCGGCUACAGACAAAUGUGCUGCAAGUCCUGCAGCAACUUCAGCGUGUCCACCACAGGAAUGCCACAGUCGAGCCCCUCCCCCAGCAGCAGUGCUUGGACCACGACUCCGCCCCCCGGCACCACCGACUUUAUUUACGUGGAUUACGACGACGACGAUGAGCAGCAUUUGGCCUCCCAGAACGCCGCCGAACUCAUCGCUCCGACGCCCGUGCCGCCAUCUUUCCUGGCGGAGCCCACGCCCACUGUUACUCUGGCAUCCUCUGUUGCCACGGUAACUCCCACCGGCCAAACGGCGCCGACUGCCUCACUUAGGACGGCUGUCAUCACCCCCAGCGGGAGGAGCCCCGCCGCGGGCCAACGUACGUCUGCCUUUCCACCAACAUCUCCGAAUACGGCGAAGGAUUCGGGGGGCGAGGUUUCCUACGGCAUCGUGGGACUGGACACCGAUGGGACGAGGGGCCCGCAGAGCCAUUUUGUGCCCCAGGUGCCCCCGGUCCGGGAGCGGACGCAAAACAAACGCAUCCAGCAGCUUCUGAACGAGAAGCUGCGGAGGCCUGGACGCCGCCGAAAACAUGGCGCCUUAUAGGACGCGUUGUUUGUGUUUGGGUUCCUUUUAGGCUGGAGAAUGGCCCACUUUCGGUGGGCUUGUUUGUGUGAGUUCAAUAAAGCAAAGUCUGAAAUAUCCA